CAUAGCGGUCCAGUUGAUAACCAGCCUCAGAGAGCGGAGCUGGUGGAUCUGUGAAGUCUCAGGAUUUUAGGGUUCUGCUGUCGUUAAUAUUGCAGACUGUUGCAACCCUGUAACAGCGGUGGGUAUAGGUGUUUUCAGCGGGGUGAAUCUAGUCUCGGGGGCUGUUAUAGACCCGGGGGUUAAUCUAGUGAAUUGCCUGGUGAAGAGGCGAACCAUGGGGAGCGUAGCGGCGCUGGCGGUUCUAAUCUUGGGCAUCGUAGCCCCAGCUCUGAGCGGAUACAUUGAGGCUCUGGCAGCGAACGCAGGCACGGGGUUUGCGGUGGCCGAGCCCCAGGUGGCCAUGUUCUGUGGGAAGCUCAACAUGCACGUCAACAUCCAGACCGGCAACUGGGAGCCAGACACCUCGGGCACCAAGAGCUGCCUGGGAACCAAGGAGGCCGUGCUGCAGUACUGUCAGGAGAUGUACCCUGAGCUGCAGAUCACCAAUGUUGUGGAAGCCAACCAGCCAAUGAGGAUUGAGAACUGGUGCAAGAAGGGGAAGAAGCAGUGCAAAGGCCACGCCCACAUCGUCGUCCCCUACAAAUGCCUGGUCGGUGAGUUUGUGAGCGACGUGUUGCUGGUUCCUGAGAAGUGCAAGUUCUUCCACAAGGAGAGGAUGGACGUGUGCGAGAGCCACCAGCACUGGCACGGAGUGGCCAAGGAGGCCUGCUCCAGCGACGUGAUGAUCCUGCACAGCUACGGCAUGCUGCUGCCCUGCGGCGUCGACAACUUCCACGGCACAGAGUAUGUGUGCUGCCCUCAGAACAGGCUGGGAGACGAGCCCAGCCUGCCCCGAGAGAGCCCUGCCCAGGAGGAGGAGGAGGAGGAGGAGGAGGGGAGGAGGGACGAGGAGGAGGAGGAGGAGGAGGAAGAUGAUGAUGAUGAUGAGGAUUUCAUGGCUAAGAGUGAGGUGCCCACAGAGACCGGGCGUGACGAGGGAGAGGAAGGCGCGAGGGACGAGCCGCAGGAAGAGCAGGAGGAGGAAGAGGAGGAUCUGGACUAUGUGUACGAGGACGAGGAAGAGAAGGACUACAGAGACACCGAGGGACUCAAGACCACACAGGACAGGAGCCCCGCAGACAAGGAGUCCCAAGAUCUCAAGGCUGUCUGCUCUCUGGACGCUGAGACCGGGCCGUGCCGUGCCAUGAUGCCUCGCUGGUACUUCGACGUCGACGCCCGGAGGUGCGUGCGGUUCGUCUAUGGGGGCUGCGGCGGCAACCGCAACAAUUUUGAGUCAGAGGAGUACUGCAUGGCCGUGUGCAAACACCUGAUCCCCCCCACCCCCCAGCCCACGGACGAUGUGGACGUGUACUUCGAGACCCCGGCUGAUGAGAACGAGCACGCCCGCUUCCAGAGAGCCAAGGAGCAGCUGGAGGUGCGCCACCGGAAGCGCAUGGAGAGGGUGAGGAAGGAGUGGGAGGAGGCUGAGCGACAAGCGAAGAACCUACCCAAGGCUGAGAGGCAGACCCUCAUCCAGCACUUCCAGACGAUGGUGGAGUCUCUGGAGCAGGAGGCUGCCAGUGAGAAGCAGCAGCUGGUGGAGACGCAUCUGGCGCGGGUUGAAGCCAUGCUGAACGAUCGGCGCAGAGUGGCUCUGGAGAACUACCUGGCAGCUCUGCAGUCCGACCCGCCCAGGCCCCAUCGUAUCCUGCAGGCUCUGAAGAGAUACGUCCGCGCUGAGAACAAGGAUCGCCAGCACACCUUCCGCCACUACCAGCACCUGCUGGCCGUUGACCCCGAGAAGGCUGAGCAGAUGAAGUCUCAGGUGAUGACACACCUCCGCGUGAUCGAGGAGCGGAUGAACCAGAGCCUGUCUCUGCUCUACAAAGUGCCGUACGUGGCAGAGGAGAUACAGGGAGAGAUUGACAUGCUGCUGCAGGAGCAGAGAGCCGAUAUGGACCAGUUUGUGUCGUCCCUCUCGGAGUCCCAGCCAGACGUCACGGUGUCCUCCGAGGAAAGUGAUGAGGUUCCGGCCAUGGAGGGCAAACCCUACCGACCGGUCCAAGUCAAGACACUGGGCUCCCUGCCCGAACUGGAGGAUUCACCCAGGGCCAUGAAGAAAGGUUGGUUUUUUUUUAGCGCUGCCGAGUUUUCCCAUCUGUUCCAGGUCUCAUCUCCUUGUAGUUCAUUCCCAGCCUCGUCUAGUCUCUCCAGGUCUCUCCAUGCUGUUCUCAUCGUAACGAAGCCUCAUUUUAAUGAAUGCACUUGUCUCAUCCACUCUAAGCACGCCAUUCCUCUUCGCUGUUCAUGAGCUCUGCAUUCUCGGUGUCCUGUAGUCCCUUACGCUGUCUCCGAUCCUCGCCCUAGUCAUCCCGUUCUUCAGCAGUGUCUUCAUGUUGCUUCACCCUGUG